AAGGAACUCCUUCAGAGAUGGUACUUUAUUUCAUUGAGUAGUGUCGCUGCACGUUGAUGCUACUGGGACACUCUGCCAGGACUUAGUGAUAAGAAUGAACUACUUAUAUGCACAUACAUGUAUAUGUAUGUAAAUAUAUAUAUAUGCUAGAUUGGGACCAUUCAGCUGUCAAGCAUAGGCUCGAUCCUACAAAAUGUUUAAUACUCUGACCCUGAUCCAGCAAAUCACUUGGACAAAUGCCAUGAGACUGUGCAUGAGCUGCAAAUUGUGACAUCAGGUGAUGGGAUGGUGUUUUUUAAGCCUAUCUACCGUUCAUAUGUGAAUACAUUUUCUUCUUCCUGCUCGUGGCAGAAUUUACCUGCAGAGUCUGUGGAGGUGAAGUACAUGUGGUUAGAAGUACAAACAGAAUAAGCUAGAUAAGUAGCAUUUUCGCACACCUCUUUAUCCUAUAAGCCAUCCUCUGCAGAGGAUUAGGUUUGUAAGAUAAGCGUUAAGGCUUUAAUAGCAAACAAACUGCUUUCUUUGUCUAAUGGCACAUCUCUUGUAUCUUCAUGAUGAGGACAGUCUUCAGCCUGGUUCUUGUCAGCUCCCUUUUUGUAAUCAAAAGUGAAGCACUGCAAUGUUACACUUGUGUGGGUUCUAGUGAUGAAGACUGUAACAGACAAGGAACUCAGCAGUGUCCAGGGCAUUCAGAUGCGUGUGCAGUGAUAAGAGGACAAGCAAGUGGCAUUAUGAAGUCCUGUUCAUUCAGGUCGUUCUGUGAGCGGGCAAAGAGAGACGGAUCCAGAGCGCCUGGAGUGAGUGUUCACUGCUGUUACUCAAACAAUUGCAAUGCAAAAAGCCUGGGCUCAAGACUCACCACUUCAAUGAGCUACUUAUCUCUUCUCAUCUUUACACUGUUUUGGCACCCAUUGUUUAAGUUGACAUGAAAAAAAAAAAUUAGUACCAUAAAGUAACAAGUCUGCCUUUUUUGAAAAGAUUUAAUGUGUUUUCUAAUCAUGUUACUCUGUGUACCAUAUUUUUCAGUAGAGAAAAAGCAGUAGGCAGACCUGACAGAUGUUAAGAUAAAAAUUGUUGCAUCUGUUAAAGAAUGUCUUGACAUAUAUUUAAGCAUAUAUAUGCUCUUCUUAUUUAACCUAAGGGGUUUAUUGUGAUAAUAUGUAACAUUUUUCUAUGACUUGGAUAAUGUAUGUAAAGAGAAGGAGAAAUCUUAGCUGCAAGUAGCAGCCUUGUACUAUGGUAAAGGGUCAAUAUCUUCUAAAUGCUGCUUAGUGUUGGCUUACGUUCAGAAGAAAGCUAAAAUUUUCAAGCACAAAGUCACUGAGAACUGUAGUGAGCCAUGAUGCAGCUAAUCUUUCAGAGAACAUUUGCAAACUGGGCAAAGCCAGAAAAUUUGAAAUAAGUGUGGUAUACAAUCAUUACUAUAAAUUGCUUAAGAGAUGGUCAUUAAGAGAAUACUUCAUGAAAAUGUUAAGUAUAUUUCCUGAAAAUCCUUUUCUAUUCUUGUCUGAUAAUGUAAGAAUCUUGCUAUGACACUGUAGGGAAGGAAAAAAAGAAAAAAGAAGCUUGGAAGUGGUUUUGAGAUGGUAAGCUCCCUUCCAGAGUUCAACAACUUCUAUCUCUACUGUUAGUUUUGAGAACAAGAUGGUUAAUCCUUGAGAAAUAAUAUUUUUUAAUUCAAAUUCUUCUUGCAGUUUCAAAUAAUAUAGUUCAUUCUUCACUGUCCUAAACCUGGUUCUGUGAGAGUAAGAGUAUAGUCUCACCCCUCUCUCAUUGACAUCAAUAAGUGGGGGAGCUGGUCUGUGAUGAUUUGUAUACCCUUUAAGUUUUGCAAAGUAAUGGAAUUACUUGGGGACCUUUCAUGAUGUAAAGAACUAAAUCAACGUAAUCAAUGAUCACAUUUAUUGCAGUCUUACCAAGUAACCACUCAGGAAUGGGCCACGUCACAGAAGGCGUUGUACGUCACUAGCUAGCAGGCAGACGUUACUUUGGGAAAGUAGAGGUAGGUGGUACCUCCAUUGAUUCAUAAGUGGGAGUACAGAUAUGCAGAUGAUCAGUAUUCAGAUUUUUAAUAUCCAGCAGUGAUGAUCUGAUCUAAUCUCCAGUACACACAACACACAGAACUAGCAUAAAAUCCAGUAGGUGUAACUCAAGUAUAGCAGGUCUUGCAGUGGAAAGUUCUAAUUUUGUUUGCUCACUUGGAAAAAGAUAUGGUCAUCAAGUUUAUGGAACUCACAAAAUACGUGGCAAAUUAGUUUUUCACUAGCUUUCUGUUGUGACUUUUUCUACUCAUUCUUUGAAUAAUCAAUUCCAGGCAGUGUGUCUUAGGAUUCUGAAGACAUCUACAAAAAAUUUAUCAAGAAGAUUGCAACCUCUAGAGAGUUGCUUUAAGUGAAAUUGCUGAAACUUCCGAGUCCAAUAUAUCCCUAACCUGCCUUUUAGCUGUUGUCUGUCACACGGACCAAACUGUCCCACUGCUUUCUUGUACAGUUUCCUCUGUCUGGAUCCUUUCAUCAUCUUUUGUAGUUUGUGAAUGCUUCAGACCGAGACUAUCCUUUUGGAUUUUCUUUGCAUGGGAUCAGAAACAGUGGGAUUCUGGUCUGUGAUUAGUUGCUAGGCACAACCAUAAAGCUAUUAAAAAAGACUGCAGCAAUGCAAAGAGAUCUUGGCUGAGAAAAAAAAAAUUUAGACUUAAAUAUCUCAUAUGCUUAAAAAAUACUAGCUGAUAAAUAUUUUUCAUUUUAUUCUCAGUUUGAAUCAGUUCCUUCAAGGUGUUCUGCUACACUAAACAUGUAUUGAUUGAAUCUUUUUUUUUGAUUGUGCUGUAAUGACAAAUCCACAUCAUAUGUAAUGUCUGUAUAUGCUCUGUGCAUUUUCUUAAUGAGAAGUUAAAAUAUAUGCAAUGUCUGACAAUGUCUCUCAAUGUCUCUCAACAAAAUUGCAUCUUUUAUUUGGGAUUUCCAGUUGUAUGUGGCCGCCUGUCUUCUGGCAGAAAUUCAAGCUUUCUCAGUAGGAUGUAUUGCUUAAAUUGUUAAAUAAAGUAAAGCAUGUUGAUA